AUGGAUGUCGCUCGUACGUCCAUGAUCCAUGCGGCUGCUCCCCACUUUCUGUGGCCGUUCGCGGUUCAGUACGCGGCGCAUCAGAUCAACCUCCAGCCCCGGGUCUCCUUGCCGGAGACCACCCCCACUCUGCGGUGGACGGGGAAGGUUGGCGAUGCGUCUGUGUUCCGUGUCUGGGGAUCUCGAGCUUUCGUCCGCGACUUGUCUACGGACAAGCUGUCCUCUCGUGCCGUUCCCUGCGCCUUCCUUGGCUUCCCCCCUGACGCGCCUGGUUGGCAGUUCUACCACCCCACCUCGCGCCGUGUUCUGUCCUCUCAGGACGUCACGUUUGACGAGUCGGCUCCCUACUACCGUCUCUUCCCCUACCGCACUGCCCCCCUCCCCCCCCCGCCGCUCUUCCUUGCGCCAGGUACUCCUCCGGUAGACCCCCUCCCCCCUCAGGGUCCUGCCCCCUCAGGUGUGUCUCAGGUAGACGCAGUCGAGCCUGUUGAGGUAGUUGUUGACUCAGGUGCUGCUGGGGGUGCUGAGCCUGAGGGUGCCGGGUCUGGGGGUGAUGUGCCUGGGGGUGCUGUGCCUGGGGGUGCUGAGCCUGGGGGUGCUGAGCCUGGGGGUGCUGCGCCUGGGGUUGCUGAGUCUGGGGGUGCUGAGACUGGAGGUCCUCCGAGUGUCCCGCUGCGGCGGGAGCCCCUCUCUCCACGGCAGCUUCGUGAGUGGUACGCUAGGCGCUGUAGCCGUGCUGCUGGAGCUGAGGGGCCUGCUGCUGGCGGUGCUGCUGGUGCUGGAGCUACUGGAGGUGCUGCUGGAGGUCCUACUGGUGCUGGAGCUGCUGGAGGUGCUGCUGGUACUGGAGCUGCUGGAGGUGCUGCUGGUGCUGGAGCUGGUGGUGGUGCUGUUGGAGGUGCUGCUGGUGCUGGAGCUGCUGGAGCAGCUGGUCCUGGAGGUGCUCGUACUGGAGGUACUGGAGCUGCUGCGGGAGUUGGAGCUGGAGCUGCUGGAGCUGCUGGUGGUGCUGCGGGAGUUGUAGCUGGAGACCCUGGAGCUGAGGGUGCUGGUGCUGUCUCUGCUAGGUCAGGAGGUGCUGCGCGGCCGCUGCCGUACUACGUUCCACUCCUUCAGCAGGUUCUUGGCCUCCCGCCCUCUACUGGUUCUACUCCUCCCCUACUGAGUCCACCGCCUGUCCAGUCGCAGUCACAGUUACAGCCGGCCUCUCCGCUGCCUGGUCCUUCUCCUUACGCUGGACCGACUAGCGGUCUUACGGAGCGUCGUGAGCCUGAGUCUCGUCCAGCGUCUCCUGAGUCUCGUCCAGAGUCGCCUGUCCGCGCUGUCCGCACUGGUCGUCGUGUUCCGCGUGAGCGUCCUCCUCCUGUCCCUGGCACUCACUAUAUGACUCUGCGUCCUUCCACUGCUCCUCAGCGUGUCCCUCUGCUGUCUCCUCCUGCUUCCUCUCUUCCUGACGUUGCUGACCCGCCGUCAGACCUUGCUCGUGCUGCCAGUCCUACUGUCACGCGUCUUCUCGCUACUGUUGUCACUGACCCUUCCUUUGAGUCCACUUCUGCGUCUGCUCUAGUUGCUGAGCUUGUUGACUUUGCUGCCGCCUGUCGUCUAGACUACGCCGCUAGCCUUGUUGCUGAGUCUGAGUCGGUCUAUCCUCCGUCCGUCGGGGGUGAGUGUGCUCUUGGCAAGGACGUCCUUGAGGACAGACAGGAGGAGUUUGAGUGCUUUGCCGCUGCUUUACCUCAUCUCGUGUCCAUGCUGAUUGCCCCUGAGGGAGACCCGGAUGCACCAGACAUCCCGACCCCGCGCUCUUACGCAGAGGCGAUAGAGGGUCCCUACUCCUCUCAGUGGCAGACAGCCAUGGACGCAGAGAUGGCUUCUUGGAAGUCCACAGGCACCUACGUCGACGAGGUUCCCCCACUUGGGGCGAACAUCGUCAGUGGCAUGUGGAUUUUCAGGGUGAAGCGGCCGCCGGGUUCUCCGCCUGCCUUCAAGGCAUGUUACGUUGCUCGAGGCUUCACUCAGCGUGACUACGAGCUGCACUCCCUCGACUUCUCGACAGCUUUCUUGCAGGGUAGCCUUCACGAGGCCAUCUGA